GCCUGGGCUUUAUUCAAGUGCACUCUUGCCCCGGGCAGGCAGCAAUUUUUAACCUUUUGGCACCUAUUGUGCUUUAAAAGCGUUGCUUUUUUCCGCCACUGGCAGGGCAAAAGAGGAUGUGCGGUAAUAAAGGCGAGUGCAGUGACCUUAGUUUUUUACUUUGCACCGCUCGGGCUGGCUGCAAAAAACUUUUUGCAUAACAAACACUUUUCCAGGCCCCUCUAAAAUCCCUCGUCCAUCCACUUUUCCUUCCUUACUAACAUGCGACGUCAUUGCAUGUGAACUUAGAUAGACUUGGACAGACUGUUUGGGAAGGGGCAGCUAUAAAUAAGGACAGACAUAGCCACAUACAUAAGUGCUUAAAAUGCCAGACAGAGCGGCAACAUGCAAUGAACUACAACUACUGGAAUCAGACGAGGCAAAACUUUUCAGCCACUUCUGACUUGCCAAAAAAAACCCAAUGGCGUUGGACUUUAAGCAAAAAUAAAAGCUACGUGUGACUUAAAGUCUUCGUCUUAAUUUUUUGAAAUUUAUAUUACCAUGGGAAAUUUGAGGUGUAUUAAUCGGGGGAAUUCCUCAACGAAAAAGUAAUCAACAACAUUUUUAAAAAAGUCAUUGAAUAGAUUAAUGCUUUUUUGCAUUUCAUCGGAAAUGACCUUUCGCUUCUAAAGUAUAAAUAUACAAAUUUCCGUCUUAUAUUGGCAUCACUUGAUUUAAAUAUAUUAGUCAAAAUUGUGAUCUCUUAUCAAUUUUUUUGAAUAUGAAAAAACCUGAUCAUUAUGUCGUGCUAAACGUAUAAAUUCACAUCAGUUGUCAGUUAAUAUCAGUUGCAUAAAGUCGUCUGAUCAUGCGGGCAGCAAUCGGUUCCCUUUUGAUUCUUGGAGUUUUCUUCAUCAGAAAUGCUACUUCUGAGUGUUGCAAUAUGCAUUCCCAGCUACUGUAUAGCAUUCAAGGGGAACCCUGUGAAGCGGUUGGUGGUCAAGAGGACCAUCUAGAUCCUGAGUUGUGCACCAUCUGUAUUUGUGGCGAUGGGAAGAAGGUGGACGGCUUAUAUUGCGGCGAAGGAAACUGCGAUGAUUUCGGCUGCAACUGCCCUGGAGGAUGUCGCAAAGGCAACUGGCACUAUGAAAUCGUGGAGAGAAAUAAGCAGUACAAUAUAAGUAUAGUUGAAGUAGUCAGAUAUCUUUACUAAGUCACUUGACCAAAAUAAUAGAUAAUUAGCAAUAAAUAUAAUUAAACCUGAAAAUAUAAAUGAGUAAUGAAAAAAUGCACAUAAAGUAUUUCCUAUUUUGACUUAUUUUGUCUGUAAUUUUUAGUUUCGAAAAAACUUGGUUUUUUUUUAAGUUUUUUGUUGUAACUUUGUCAAAAUAAGACGAACAGACCAAAGAAUGACAGUUUUUUGCAGCUGAGAACCUAUACAAUCAAUUCCUGGUGGAUUUGGUUAAAUUUAUUUUUUGACCAAUUUUAAGAUUUU